AUGGGGCAAGGGUCUAACCGAGCCUACCCGGGGAACCUCUCGUGUACGGAGUCCCUUCCCAGGGAUCGUGCCCUGAAGCGGGUGCAAUGGAUCUUGGAGGAAUACGGAACUCCCGGAGUGUCCCUUGAGAAUGAGGCUCAUUCUCUUGGGCUCUGCAGCAAUACGAAUCAUGGGUCUGCCUUGUUGGCACCGUUUCCCGAGGGUGCCAUGGUGUUUACGGAGUACGCUCAACCCCUAUCCACCGGCUUGAUUGUUGUUCGGAUUUCUCGCACCUGUUCUCACAAGCUGUUGCGCAGAUACGCUAUUGCUGAGCCAAGCGAGUACCUCGUACUCACUGGAGUCGGGAUCGCGGACAUCGAAAUUUGCAAGAAGGCAUGGGUAAUGCCAUUUCAACGGUGUGCGAGGAUCUCUGUGAUGCCCUUCGAUUUCUCCCUCAACCUGCAGGCUAUGACUAUUGAGAAACUGCAAUUUUCACUACCUGCGGUCUUCACUAUCGGGCCCGAUGACGAGCUACAAGCUCUCCGAAAAUAUGCCCUGCUGCUCUCUGGGACUACAGAACCCAAAGCCACAAAGACUAAUGAUCUGAACGCACCCGCAACCAGAAACCAUGUCCAGGAUAUUGUCAAAGGCAUCAUCGAGGGUGAAACCCGUGUGAUUGUUUCCAGUAUGACUAUGGAGGAGAUUUUUAAGGAGCGACAAGUAUUCAAGUCGAAAGUCAUCAGCAACGUUCAAAAUGAACUUGCGCAAUUCGGGUUGAAAAUUUAUAAUGCCAACGUUAAAGAGCUCCAGGACACCAAGGGCAGCGAAUACUUUGCUUUCUUGAGCCGGAAAGCCCAUGAAGGAGCUCUCAACCAGGCAAAGAUCGACGUUGCUGAGGCUCGAAUGAGAGGAGAGAUCGGAGAAGCAGAGAAGAAAGGCCGCACGAAGCAGGAGAUUUCCAAAAUCGAUGCCGAUACCGCCGUCCUCGAGACCAAGCGGAAGGCCGAAAAGGCCAAGGCUGACUCGGAGCUCACGAACCGCCAAACAGAACUCGAUUCCAAUAUCCAGAUGGCCAAGAUCGUUGCACAGCGCCAGACAGAAAUGAAGGAUGCGGAGCUUCAGAAGCAAGUUGAGACUAAGCGGGCCGAAACAGAGCUCGAGCGUCUCAGGGCUAUGGAAGUUACCAAGAGCAAAGUUCAGCGUGAGUCUGCCCAGGAAGUGGCCGAUUCUGGGUAUUACGCAGAUACGAAGGCAGCAGAGGGAAAGCUGUAUCAAGAGAAGAUGGAUGCGGAUGCCAACUUUUACCGUGCAUGCAAGGAAGCCGACGCGGCCUACAACUCCAAGAAGCGUGAAGCUGAAGGAAUUCACGAAAUGGCCAAGGCUUAUGGCGCCCUUAUUGAUGUCCUUGGUGGUUCUCAGGCAUUCCUACAAUUUAAGAUGAUCGAAACUGGCAUGUACGAGAAGCUGGCUCUGGCGAACGGCCAAGCUAUCCAAGGUCUUCAGCCCAAGAUUACUACUUGGAAUACUGGUGACAACGCUGGUGGUUCUGGAGACGCCAUGGGUCCAAUUCGUAAUAUCAUGCAGGGACUUCCGCCUCUUCUUAGUACAAUCCACGACCAGACUGGUAUCAGUCCUCCAUCAUGGCUCGCUCAGCUGCCGCACAAUAGUCAAAUUUCCAAGGCAGGCGUUUCAGAUGGCAAGAAAUAG